CACUUCCGCUCCGCGAGAGGCGAAAGGCACGCGUCCAGGCGACGGAGGCACUCACAGACACAAAGAAAGAUCGGUAUGUCGGAUGAAGAUUCGCGUGCCAGCACCAGUUCUUCGUCUUCCUCAUCCUCUAUAACUAAUCUGCAAGAGAAAAGCACCCCUAGCAAGAAACGAGACAGCAAAGCCAGCAUGAGCAAGACUUCCAAACUCCUCUCCACCAGUGCUAAAAGAAUUCAGAAGGAGUUGGCUGAUAUUACUCUGGAUCCACCACCAAACUGCAGUGCGGGUCCAAAAGGAGAUAACAUCUAUGAGUGGAGGUCCACCAUCUUGGGCCCGCCCGGCUCAGUCUACGAGGGAGGGGUCUUCUUCCUGGACAUCGCCUUCACACCAGACUACCCCUUCAAGCCCCCCAAGGUGACGUUCCGUACGAGGAUCUACCACUGUAACAUCAACAGCCAGGGAGUCAUCUGUCUGGACAUCCUGAAGGACAACUGGAGCCCGGCACUCACCAUCUCCAAGGUGCUGCUGUCCAUCUGCUCCCUCCUCACAGACUGCAACCCUGCUGACCCUCUGGUGGGAAGCAUUGCCACCCAGUACACAACAAACAGACCAGAACACGACCGAAUAGCCAAACAGUGGACCAAGCGCUACGCCACAUAAUCCCAGGAGAAUGCAAGACAUCAUCACGGUAGAGCAUCAGAAAAAACAAGCUGCCUCUUGGACGACUCUGGGGGGAGGGGGGGAGGGGGGAGGGAGGGAGAAGGGGGGGGAGGGAGAAGGGGGGUCAGAAGGGGAGGGCGGUGGGUGUGAGGGAAGGAUUGAGUGAUUAAUUUUUAUCUUGGAACUGAAGUCUUAUCUCUUGAUAUUUUUGUUGAUUGUGUUUUAAGUUAUCUCUGCCCAUCUGUAAUCAAGAUUUGGCAAUAAUGUACCAUAUUGUGCGUUUCUUUUUUUUGUAAAUGAAUUCAUUUUUAGCUUGUGCUUGGAAACAAAAUAAUCUAGUCUGACUGCUUGUUUAAGGUGUUGCAGCAUGAUUCCCUGAGUUUCAAAUGUCAUGUUAAUGUGGAUUUUUCACUGAUAUUAAAGUUAGUUGAUGUAAA